AUGGCACAGGAAUACAAAUUGAAGGAUCUUACCUCCUUUGCCUCUCUCAACUUUCUUGAUAAGAUUGAGGCCGAGAUUGAGGGCAUUCCAGAUGGAAAAGUCCUCCUUGUCAAGCUUGAUGAUAAGGUGCAUGCCCUCUCUCCUCGGUGCAGCCAUUAUGGCGCGCCUCUGAAGAAUGGCGUUGUUACUAGUGAUGGCAGGAUUACCUGUCCCUGGCAUGGGGCCUGUUUCAAUGUCACGACUGGUGACGUCGAAGAUGCCCCAGCACCCAAUGCCCUGAACAAAUUCGAGGUCUUUGAAAAAGAGGGCGCAGUCUACAUUCGUGCUAGAGAGGAAGAUGUCAAAGCGGGACAACGCAACCCCGUGGUAAAGUGCAGCGUCACAAAGCCUGAAGAGAAGGUCAUUGUCGUUGGAGGCGGAAGUGGAACCCUCGGCCUAAUCCAAGCUCUCCGCGAACUGAAAUACCCCGGCCAGAUAACAAUCAUCACACGAGAACCAUACCUAAUAAUCGACCGAACAAAGCUCUCCAAAGCUCUUAUCGCCGACCCAGCCAAGAUCCAAUGGCGUCCACGAGAAUGGUACACUGAAGCCGCCAUAGAAACCCUAACGGACGAAGUGACCUCUGUCGACUUCGAGGCCAAAUCCGUCUCCACAAAGUCUGGCAAGAACCUUACCUACACAAAACUAGUCCUGGCAACGGGUGGCAUCCCACGCACGCUCCCACUCCCAGGCUUCAAAGGCGAAUUAUCAAACAUCUUCACGCUGCGCGGUAUAAAAGACGUGCAAGCAAUCCUAGCCGCAACCAACGCAGAAGAAAACAAGAAGAAGAACAUCGUGGUAAUCGGCAGCUCCUUCAUCGGCAUGGAAGUAGGCAACGCCCUCUCAAAAGAUCACAAUGUUACAAUCGUCGGCAUGGAAUCAGCCCCAAUGGAACGAAUAAUGGGCACGCAAGUCGGACGAAUCUUCCAACAAAACCUAGAAAAAAACAACGUCAAGUUCUACCUAAACGCCGGCGUGGAAAAAGCUACUCCGUCACCUUCAAACCCAUCAUCUGUCGGCGCAGUCCAUCUCAAAGAUGGGACUUCUCUCCCUGCAGACCUGGUAAUCCUAGGCGUGGGAGUCCGUCCAGCAACCGACUUCCUAGAGUCAAACAAAGAAAUCACGCUCGAGAAAGACGGCUCGAUAAAAACGACCGCGCACUACCUCGUCGACUCCCCACAUAAGCACAUCUCCGACUCCGUCUUCGCUAUCGGCGAUAUAGCAACAUACCCCUACUACGGUCCCGGCUCGUCAGCCAACGGCAGUCCAAUCCGCAUAGAACACUGGAACGUAGCCCAGAACUCCGGACGAGCCACCGCACGCGCGAUAGUGCAUGCACUCCACUCGCCGAUUUCAUCGCUUCCACCGAAGAGAUUCAUUCCAGUGUUUUGGUCGGCGCUUGGUGCGCAGUUGCGGUAUUGUGGGACUGGGGCUGUAGCUGGGGGGUAUGAUGAUGUUGUAUUCCGGGAUGCUGGGGACGGGAAGUUUACUGCGUUUUAUACGAUGGGCGAGGUUGUGGUUGCUGUUGCUACCAUGGGGGUUGAUCCUGUUAUGUCGAAGUCGGUGGAGUUGAUGCGGGCUGGGAAGAUGUUGGGGAAGGCAGAGGUGAAGGCGGGUGGGGAUGUUUUGAGUGUUAACUUAUGA